AUGUCUUUCGAGCCAAAGCACAAAGUGGACCUCGAUCCACCCAAGGAUGAUCCGAUCAGCCUCGAGUACUUGUCGAAAUGUGACGGUAUGCAGAGAGUCUAUCCAUCCGCUUCGGGAAUCCGGAAUCUGACACUGGUCGGUUACACCAGGAACACAUGAUGGCUAUCCCACAUAUGUCGCGAUCAAGGUCCGUGUCCCCCGCCUGUUCCGCUUCUCUGAUAGUCCUCUCCCCCAGCGGCUGAUUUGAAAAAAAGGGCACUGUCUUCGACGUGACAGGGAACAAGGCAUAUGGUCCAGAAGGAUCGUACAAAGGUGGGGGUUUUCCUGCGUGUGAGUCUUUUGGUGGCGAAAUGCUGAUGGAUGUCUCUUUUUUUUUCGAAAAACAGUCUUCGCUGGCAAGGAUGCAUCCCGCGCGCUGGCGCAAUCAUCACUCAAGGCCGAGGAAUGUCGCGCGGACUGGUACGAUCUCUCGGACGAGCACAAAAAGGUCUUGCACGACUGGUAUACGUUCUUCAGCAAGCGAUACAAUAUCAAGGGCAAGGUCGAAGGCGCUACCAACACGGGCGAGUAA